AUGGUCUCUGCCGUAGACACUAGGCCUAUGAAUGACCAUGACAUGUCCAUGGACACAGUAGUACCCAAGACCGAGGUGGCACAAGAUGGCCACGUUUCUAUGAGUUCGUCAGUAUCGACGCCGGAGCCUGAAGAGCAGAGUCAAGAUGUCGCUCAGACACAGAAGAGGAAAGGAGGAAGGAAACCCAUCUACGCGACGUCAGAAGAGCGGAAGCAGAGAAACCGGCAGGCACAAGCUGCUUUUCGCGAAAGGCGAACCGAGUAUAUCAAACAGUUAGAAACGACCAUUAAGCGUAAUGAAGAGUCUCUCCAGUCGCUGCAACAGAGCCAUAGGAGUGCAGCCGAUGAAUGUCUGAUGCUCCGUUAUAAAAAUUCGCUCCUAGAAAGAAUUCUUAUGGAAAAGGGUAUCGAUGUUCAAGCUGAGCUACGUCUCAAAACAGGAAACUCCUCAACCAUCCCUCCCAUAAAACUCAAUGCAAAUACGCUAGCUCCUAAGCAACCUUUACCUCUUGAUCGUGCUGCCAUCGGGAGAUCAUCUACACAACGACGGCCGACUUCCGGGGCCAUCGCUCCCAAACCGGAUCACUCCGGCCUUCCGCAAUCACGAGACAGUGUCUACAGCGCAACUUCUCCACAACCUCAGCCCACCCCCUCAUCACAUGUAUCAUCCCCCUCGACGGGAAGAUCACCCGGCUUCGCCUUGCAGGGCGCCAUGUCUCCAAAAGGAACCGACUUUCAGUCACAACAGCGCAACCGGCCGCCUUUACUCCCGCAUCCACGGGAUUUCACACAACAAAAUCCGCUGGGCGUGAACCAAAUGAGACCUAUGGAUCCAUAUGCAGCGACUACACAGCCUAUGAUACCCGGAGCAACCAUGACGUCUCAUAUGCAAUCAUAUUACUCUGCUCCCUUUCAAAAACAUUAUGAUCAAUUAGAACAAGAAUACGACGCGCAGGCUGAUAUGCUCGACGACACUGAGAAUCACGAGAAUGGCUCUGAAGCAAAUACAUAUGUUCCCGACUUCAAUCGGCCCCCCGUGCCGACGGGACAGGGACGCAUGGGCUUACCCGGCCCAUCUUCAAUGCAGACCGGUGACGACCAAGGAAUGUAUAAUGCCGGUGGUUCCCUUUUCAACCAAUACGAACCUGUUCUUGACAGCGAUACGUUUGGAUUGAGCGCCAGCAUGCACUUCCAAACUCCAUUCAGCUACGAGCAAGAAAUGCUUCGUCACUAAAUAAGAAGAUCCGAAACCAGAUCUUCUUCAAACAAUACGAAUUCUUCCAUCGAUUUCCUUUCUCGCUGUAAAUGGCCUUUGGAGUGAACCUUCACGAAACGAGUCUCAUUCAUAGCAUUGUGUUUCUGAUCCAAUUACCUGUGGCCUUCGACCCACUCCGCAUCUCAUAUUACAAAAGCGUGCAUGUGUUAUGACAGCGGGAGACUUAAAAAGUGCUUUUUCUGGCGUCGGUGCGACUUGUGUUUUGACGUUUCAACCUGGAUUCGCUUUCAUCUGAAACCGUGUUCGUUCCGAGUGUACUCAUAAGAUUCCCCGUUCAUCUGUUCAAAAACUCAUUAUACCCUAUCAAGAUGAUUUUAUUUUUCCAUUAUCCCUUUAUAUUCGCUUCGCUGAAAAUGUUGAAACCGGGUUUGGUGGCUACUGUCAGGCUCUUUGCUUCUUUUCGUUGUGUACAUGUCGAUUGCUUCUUUUGGGUCUAUUAGGGCAUGGUAUUAUCCAAGAUGUCUGUAUACACUGGCACAUCAAGGAGUUUUUAACAGAGAAAU